GCUCGCUCCCCACAGCCCGGCGGAGACGAGUCCGGGAGGGACGCCGCGCACCAGCUCUCCGCCGACUCCCGGCCCCCGCCCUGCCCAUGGCCGCGCCGGGACCCCGCGCCUUACGGGUCGCGCUCUGUGGCGGCUGCUGCUGCCUCCUCCUGUGCGCCCAGCUCGUUGCGGCUGGUAACGCGGACCAGGGUCUGGUUGGAGGCCCACCCCGGGCAGGGGCAGGCGGAGCGUACCCUCACCCAGCGCGCAAAGGAGCUCGAGGCUUUGGGCGGGGAGCCCUGCUCCGCAUGAACAUCUGGCCAGCUGUCCGAGGGGCCUGCAAACAGUUCAAGCUCUGUGAGCACUGUGUGGAGGGACACAAAGCACACAACCUCUCUGGCUGCGUGUGGGAGCAGUGCCGGCCAGAGGAGCCAGGACACUGUGUGGCCCAAGCUGAGGCGGUCAAGGAAGGUUGCUCCAUCUAUAACCGCUCAGAGUUGUGUCCAGCUGCCCACCACCACCCCACCUAUGAACCAAAGACAGUCACAACAGGGAGCCCCCUAGUUCCUGAGCCCCACAGCUCUGGCUUUGAUGGAGCCAGCUUCAUUGGGGGUGUCGUGCUGGUGCUGAGCCUGCAGGCAGCGGCCUUCUUCAUCUUACGCUUCCUCAAGGCCAAGGACAGCACCUACCAGACACUAAUCUGACCCCCUUCAGGCCUGGAUUCCACAGGGGAAGGAGGACGAAGAGGCUGCCCUCUUGGCCCCCUUGUAGGCACUGGGGGUGGGAAAAACUUUGGCCACAAAUUUCUGGCCCCUGUGGGCCAUCAAGCAGACUCAGGGCCUGCUGUGUGACAUUCCCUCCUGGCCUGGGCCUGGUACCUGCGGCUGAGAGCAUUCUUCAAUCAUCUCUGUCUUAUCCAUCAUGACUGUGGGCCCCAUUCCUGACACGAGGUCUGUGCCUGCCUCUUCCCACCCCCCCGGCCUGGCACUGCCCCCAAAUAAAACAACUCUUUCUGGCA